GCGUAAUUCACACUGAAAUUCUUUAUUUCUUCAGUGAUAUUUUUUUUUAAAACGGAAGGGGACUUUAUAAAAAAGAUAUUAAAUUCAGCUGGAUUUAUUGCUUUUUUCGUGCUUUUUAUUGAUUCUUUAAUUAAGUGUUUAAUUGAUCACUUUAGAAGAAGUGUAGAGCAUGUUCCAAAAUGUCACCAAUUCUGAUUAAUUCAACUAGCAAUGUAAUACCGAAAACUAGCCAUAAUAAUAAUAUUGUGGAAGAAGAGAAAGUCGAAGAAGAGACUGAAAUAGCAAGAGAGGAGCGUAAAGCAACAGGAAGAUCAAUUGCCAUAAUAAUUUUUUUAUCGCUCAUGUGCUUGGCUUUGUAUCAUGUUAUUCAAAAGAAAACAACAAUAUUAGCUGGGGUUCUUGUGCCUGCAAUGAUAUUGUUUACUUACACGUUCUUUGUGAUUCAUAUAAGCAGUCGUGAUAAAAAGAGGAGGAAAAGGAAGGAAGCAGAAGAACUUGAACUUUCAAAUCCCGAUAAUUCAACAAUAAAAUCAGAAGCAAUUAAAACUCUUCCAACCACUUCAAAUGUAUCAAAUAUCACAUCAGCGUCAUCUGGCAAGCAGUUUUCAUCACCGACAUCCGUUGCAAUGACAAGACAAUUACCGACAACCGGAGGAUUUAAAGUACCGAAGAAUUUAAAUGAUCCAAAUGUGCAUGCAUCAAAAUCAUCGGACCCGAGAAAAAAUCCACCUACGAAAGAUGUAAAGAAAAUUCCGUCUCAAGCGCAGGUGAAAUUGAAUCAAUCAGCACAGAUUGCGAUCGAAAAUGAAAUGAAGAAAAUCAAAAAACCUCGUUCGAGCGAUAGAAAUAAUCAUAUAGAGACACGCCAUGCGAUAGAUAAUAAAAAAGCCAAAACAAAACAUUAAGAGAAAUACCUCAAAUGAAACUGAGAUGUUUAUAGAUUAAUUGACCAUGAUGUCAUGUUGCCUGAAAGAUGUGUACAGCAUUUUUGUAUUUUAAUUCAUGUUAAACUAAGUGAUAAAUUUAGAAGUGAAUAUAAGUUCAUAUAUGCAAUUAUUGUUUAUUAUUAUCAUUACGGAUUUGUAUCAUUAUUUAAUAUUAUUAUUAUCAUAGCCGUGCGGAUCUAUAAAAUGACUCAUAGUUCCUAAAAUCAUCUCAAUGGAAAGUAGUUUUGAUUUACAUUUAUUUUUAUCUAAAUACAAUUGCAAUAAGCUUAAGAGUUGUUCACAAAUGACUGGUAGGUUUGAUGCCAUUUGUGAAUGUCCCGCUUAUAUUUCGCAGCCCAGUGCAAUGGAAUAUAAGUUAUCGAUACCUUAAGUACUUAUACAUACUUAUAUAAAUAAUUAACAAUUAAUAUAUCAACAAUACAUGUAGAAUCUAAUCUAUUCUUAAUAAAGUUCUGUUCUACAAAUGAGUAACUACAAUAUCUUCUUCCAACUCAUCUUUCUCAUCGUCUGUCUCGUCAUCAAUUCCUCUCGUUGGUUCAACAGGCAAUUGGUUGUGUGGCUCUUCGAGUUUCUUUUCAAGCUCUUUUUGUUUUCGUUCCU